AUGGCCACAAUCUACGUCACAGAGCCCCCCACCGACGGCAGGAUCCUCCUCGUCACCUCAAAGGGCGACAUCGAAAUCGAGCUAUGGGCAAAGGAAGCCCCAAAGGCAUGCCGCAACAUCAUCGCACUCGCCCUAGAGGGCUACUAUGACAACUGCAUCUUCCACCGCGUCGUGCCCGGAUUCUGCAUCCAGACCGGAGACCCGUCGGGAACGGGAAUGGGAGGCGAGUCUUUCUACGGCGAGCCAUUCGAGAACGAGCCCCACCAGCGUCUCAAGUUCACCAAGCGCGGCAUGGUCGCCAUGGCCAACACGGGCGAGUUUGCGACAAACGAGAGCCAGUUCUUCAUCACGCUCGACGCCACGCCAGAGCUGCAGGGCAAGUUCACCGUCUUUGGCCGUGUCGCCGGGCAGACCAUCUACAACGCCCUCGCCAUUGCCGAGGUCGAGCUCAGAAAGGACGAACCGGACCGACCUGUCUAUCCGCCCAAGCUGCUGCGCGUCGAUGUGCUCCAGAACCCCUUCGACGACAUCGUGCCGAGAAUCACGAGGGACGAAAAGCGGCAGCAGAUGAAGGCCAAAAGGGAGGCCGCAGAGAGAAAGGCAAAGGAGAGGGAAAAGAAGAGCGUCAAAAAGAACACUGCCCUGCUCAGCUUUGGCGAGGCCGAGGAGACGACGGGAGAGCAGCUCAAGGGCCCCAAGAGCAGCCACGACCUGCUGAGCGACAAGAAGCUGUCCAAGCAGCCCGCGGUACCCCUGUCCGAGAGCGGAGCCUCGCCCGGCGUCACAUCCGCCAUCUCUUCACCGGCACCCGCUCAAGGUACAUCCACAACUCAUGCCGACGACCAGGUGGGCGGCGACGAUCCAAGCCGGCCCAAGAAGCGCAGCAAGCACAAGGACGCCGAAGCGGCCGCCGAAGACCUGGCAUCGCUACGUGCCAACACCCGCGCAAAGGAGACGGCGGCAGACCAGAUCCGAACGCUGGAGGCCAGCAUCCGCGGCCUGACAAAGCAGGCCUCGAAAGCGGGCGGCGGCGGCGAGUCGCGCGAGGCCGAGAAAAAAGUUCGGCGCGGUCGGCAGCUGCUCGAGGAGGCCCGCGCAAAGUAUCUGCAGGCAACCAAGGCUGAGUCGAGCUCGAGGUCCAAACUCGGAGCUAGGGCUGGAGCCGGGGCCGCUGGCGACGACGACGAGACUCUGCGCAUGCUGGCCAAGUUCCAGAGUCGGAUGCGGGACGGGGAGGGGCGAAGCGAAAAGAAGCAGAGAGACGACGAUCAGCCGAGAGAUGUCAAGGUGCGGGAGGACGAGGCGGAGAUCGAGGACGAGGACGAGAAAGAGGGGAGGGAGUACGGAGCCAGCGACGACGACGAUGGCGAUGCGGGAUGGCGCAACCACCGCCUGGAUGCUGGUGGCAUCCCGCUCUCGGGACGGCAGGACAAAUUCACAGUCGACGACUACGAGGUGCUUGAUCCGCGCAACGAACCAAAGGCCUCGCACCAAGACGACCGUCGACAGCAGGGCAAGCGAGGACGAGACUGGGUCGAAGAGCGGAACUGGUCCCACCGCAGCAGAAACGGCGGCAACGGUGGGGCCUCGUCGUCCUACCAUGGCCGGAGACCGGAGAAGCACAGCGACGAGCCGCGGCGAAAUCACGAUGGAGCCCGGCGUAAUCCCUAG